AGGGAAAAUAGAUGAUAUACAAAGACUUGACAUGCUAUUAUGCAGAGUGCAAACAAUAGACUGAAGAAGACUUACAGCAGAAAAAAACAAAUAAAAAGGACACCAGAAAAGAACUGCCAUGGAUAAGUGAUGAAAUAAGAAAUGCAAUAAAUAGCAGACAGGAAUUGAACAGAAAAAGAAGAAGUGAAAGCAUAGAGGAAGCCUGAAAUGAACUUGAAUCUUCAUACCGAAUACAGAAGAGAAAAAUACUGGCAUUAGUAAAGACAGAUGCAUAUAGAUAUGAAAAGAAACUGUCUCAAGAAAUACAGGACAGUGCAGACAGAACUAAGAUGUGGGUGGCCAUACAUAAACAAACCAAAAGGAAAUGAGAAAAAAUUAUGAAGUACAGAUUUAUGAUUGAAAUGGAGUGCAGUUGAUGGAAGCAGAAACAAUAGAUGAAAUAGAGAACAAGUGUAAGGAAGUAUAUAAAAAGUAUGAGAACACAGUUACUGAGGCUUGGAAUGCUAAAGUCAAUAGACAUUGUCGAGACAGCUACCUUGCAAGAGGUCAUUUGAUGUAAGGGGAUGUGGAUUACUGAUUACCAGAUGAGAUCUGGGAACACAUAUACAUCGCAGGAAAUGUAAUGAAAGAAAUACAACCAAUGGCAAUGGCAACAAUAAAUACACAGGAAACAAUUAAGGAUAGUGUUUUAAAUGCUUGGUGUGGCUCGACGAGUGUGUGCCGCAGGACAAGCUGCAGUAACCAUCAUGAGCAAACAACCAGUCAGUACCUCCAGCUAUGCCAUGGUUAAGGCCAUCGAGGAGCUGGAGAAGAACCCUUACUUUGGAAAAUAUGCUGGCAAGAUUGCAAAGUUUCAAAAAGAAUCUCCAGAAGAAUUCCUUGAAAAGUUUGCCAAGAAUAAGGAGGUGAAGCAGAGUGAGCCAGGCGGCCACAGCUUCACCAAGGUGGCAGAAAAGGGCAAGGAGGUGGUGCCCAAGAGUGCCUAUAGCUUUGCUCCUCAGAAGAAACUGGAGAGCAUCUUGAAGACAGACCUCCUGCAGGGGAAAACUAAUCAGGAAGUGGCUUAUAUCUGGACAGAGCACUUCCGCCAGAAGGACGCAGUGUGUGGGGUGAUCUCCAGCGAUACAUAUGACAAACAGUAUGAAGUGUCCAUGAAAUACUCCUGUUUUGUGCUCCCCCUACCUAGAGACAAGGGUUAUGAAUUCAUCAUAUUACAGUUUGCUGGUCAUGAAGUCCAUUUCACUUCACUUGUUAAUUAUCAGGCAUACAAAGAGAAUGCCCCAGAAUGCCUCACACUGGUCCACUACCCUGACCUGAAGGAGGAGCGAGGCAUUGUAUUCAUGCAUGGCGAAUACAACAAAGACAUACUGAAUGCAUUUGAGGCCCAGUUUCUGGUAAAUCAACUUCAGCUGUAUUAUGGUGGUGGUGACAAGGAACGGACAGCAUUACUGGAAAAGUUUCACCACAGUCCAGGUCAGUUCAAGCACAUGGAGCUAGUGGAGCACCUGGAGAAGCUGGAUCUUAGUGUGCUCUCAAACAAAUCUGACAAAGAGCAACAAUAAAAAGGUAAAGAGAUUAGACUGAAGAGUUCAUUCAUCUUCCUCCUCCUUUACUGGCAUCUCCCUUUUUUUCAUAUGGGGUGCAUCUUCUCAAUUAUUGUCUCCACCAGUUGCAGUCCAUCACCUUUUCCUCUUUUAGCUGCCUCUCCCUGAAGUCCUUCACUCUGUUCCUCCAGUGCAUCUUGGGCCUCCCUCUCCCACACCUGCCCUGCACCUCCAUUCCUUUUCUCUUCUUCCUACGUAGUCUUCGUCUCUUCUUAUCACUGAGGAGUUCAUUUAUACAAUAUGUAAAUACAAAUAUACAUCUAUUUGACUUU